GAAUGAAUACAUUUAUAAAAGUACAUGAUGUUAUGCUAUACAAUCAGUUGUUUAACAACUCUGUUAAAAUCCUCGGAGUUGGUAAUAAAGGCUUGCCUUUAGCUGCUAAUUCUUUUGGCCAAAUAGAUUUUGAGAAGUACCAAAGAUGUCCUACUACAAUGCCAGCUAAUUCAGUUGUGGCUGCUGUCGCUCUACCGGUUAUCAACCAAGAGAGUAAGACAAUAGCCCAAGGGAGGUAACUUGCUCUAAUGAUAAAAACUAGCAAUCCAAUGUGAGCAUUUGGAUGACUUCUCGCCCAUAUAUAUACCAAAGCAGAUGAGAGUGCUGAUGAUAAGAACGGUAAAUUGAUAAGCGGCGACAUAGCUAGUAACAUGGUAGACAUUACUAUCAAACUCCAAACGUAAUCUGCCUUGUUAGAUGCAAACUGUUCCUCCUCUAACAUUCUCGAGUAUCUAACGAAGAAAAAGAGGUGAAGGAACAAGUCAAUUGAGAUAUCACCAAAGUAGAAGAAGGUGGUGAGAAUCCUCCAAGGCUAGGUAUAUCGUUAGACUUACUAAUGUGACAGAGAAUACCCACUUGGUUGUUGAUAAAGGCAGAGUGAAAGCUAAAGUAGAGGUUCAAUGGACUUAUAACGUUUACUUGUACGAGAGUUGAUACUAGUACACUGCCUAUAAGCCAAAAUUUAGAAACUGUUGGUAUUUGGUUCAAAUAGUUGAGCAUUUCCUCGUUGAUCUAGUUCAAGCAUGUCAUCGACCGAAAUUGUAAAGAAGAUAUUAAAGCAAUCACCACCAAAUGAGUUAAAUGAUGUAUUAGAAGAUUUGAAAGUAUUGACAGAUAUCGAUCAAGAUACCUUAGACACUUGUCUGAAGGAAUAUAACGAAGAACAAUUCAAUAGCAUAGAUUUAGAUGGUGUUAGAACAUUGAUUACACCACAUUCACAUUUUGAGGGGGAGAAAUAUUACGAUCCUAAGUCUAGCAAACUGUUCACUCUUAAUCAAUUAGAGUUGAAGACAAACAGCGCUGAAGAAGUUGAUCAAUUGAGUUACAAGAAUGAAGCACGCAGUCUCUUAGAGAAGUCAUUAGAUAGCUAUGUCGAGGAGUACUUCUCAAAUGGUACAGCUGCUGUAUAUACAUCAUUGAAGAAUAUUCAAGGUAGUUUACAAUCACAAGAAGAGCAAGACACGGUAGAAGAAGCUAAAGACAGUGAUUCUAACAAAGAGACUGCUAGAAACACUGAGAACACUGAAAUGACAGAAGCAGAACACGGUACAGAAGAAGAACAAAAUGAAGACAAUAAAGACAAAGAAGACAAAGAAGAACAGAAGAAAGAUAAUGAGGAUGUUGAGACGCCUCAAGAACAAGAACAAGAACAAAAAGAGGAUAAUGAAGAUGCUGAGAAGCCAGAAGAACAACCGGAAGAGCCAGUUGAAGAUAAGCCGAUAGAAGAAUCAAAGGAGCCAGAAGGAAGCGUACCAGCAGAGACAACCCAAGUCCAUCAAGAAACGACAGAAGAUACCACAGAAAAUACCCCAUCAGAAGAGAUAACAUCAAUGAACAUCUGUUACGCUGGUAACAAAUUUAAUCAAUCGAAUUACUGGUCAGGCAGAUGGAGAGCAAAUUGGGUCUACGAUCUCACAACUAACGAGUUGAUUGGAAAUAUCAACAUCACAAUCCAUUACUUUGAGAAUGGAAACGUACAAUUACAAGCGUCUCAUAACCCAAAAAUUAAGUCACCACUCGAAGGUCCGCCAACGACAGAGGAAGAAGCAAAGAAGUUGGUAAAGGCUAUCAGCGAAUCUGACAGGGCAUAUCAAGCCUACAUCAACGUGCUUUACGAAGACAAAUUGAGUGAAAAGCUCUUCCGUAGUCUUCGUAGAGCAUUGCCAAUCACGAGAGAAAAGAUAAAUUGGGAUAAGGUAGUCAACUACAAGCUUGGAUCUGAAUUGGGCAAACUUAAUAAUUAA